UCUACAACACCAUACAAGGUCAUUGACACCCUUGCUCACCUUGGAAUUUUGGUCUCCACUGACACAAUAAAUAUGGCAAUCCAAUCUCUAUCACAGGAGUCACAGAAUUCAUUGCAACAACUUGGACAGUCCCUCCUCACAUCAUAUGUAUAUGAUAACUUUGACAUCAACCUGAAACAUUAUAUUCUGACUGCAGAGACAUCAAGUGACUCACUCAAGCAUCUUACCUCUGGGUUGCUGUUCCCAUUUGUCCAUGGUGUUACACUCAAUGACUUGAAGUGUUCAAAACAUCUGUGGAACAUGCCAGCAUUAAGUCCACAAGCCAAUGGACUACACACUCCCCCAAAGUGUGCAUGGUGGGAGUUGCUGGGACAACUACAAUCAGUUCAGCCAGGAUCAAAUAUGAACUUGUCAUACCAUGACCAGUUCAAUUUGUGGAGGUUCUUGCAUGACCUAUGUACCCAUGGGCCCAAAUACUUCCAUCAAUUUAAAUCAGUGAUUCAAACUCCAGAAUCUAUGGAAAAAAUACCUACUGUGAAGAUGCCAAUCUUUGCAGCCCAAGCCAUGGAUGUCAAUAACUUGACAGUCAGUGGUAACAUUCAAGCCAUUGUGGAUUUGCUCAAGCAAGGUGGAGUGGAAGACCCUGCAGUGCAUCAGUGA